AUGGCGGGUGGGGUGGAGCUGCAGACUGAACAGAGUGAAAGCCUCUCCUACCUUUGGCCAAGUGCCCGAACCGAGCACGUGGCGGCUGCAGAGCUGGGCGCUCGAGGGGAAGAGGCUCCUGGGGGUGACAGGCUCAUCCAUGAGUGGGACUUGGCAUGGCUGCAGCAGGCAGAUGUGGUAGUGGCAGAAGUGACACAGCCAUCCUUGGGUGUAGGUUAUGAGCUGGGCCGGGCUGUGGCCCUCAAUAAGCGAAUCCUGUGCCUGUUCCGCCCCCAGACUGGCCGAGUGCUUUCUGCCAUGAUCGGGGGAGCAGCAGAUGGCACUCGGUUCCAGGUGUGGGACUACGAAGAGGGAGAGGUGGAGGCCCUGCUGGGUCAGUACUUUGAGGAUGAUCUUCCUGAGCAAGAGGUUCUCUCCCCUGACCCAAGUGCUUGACUGGAUCCCACUUGAUUAACUUUUCGAUCCCAGACACUGCUCUAGUACCAUUCUUGUC